UUCCGCCGACUCUCUUCUACAUCUACUGUGGUGCUUGCUCUACAUGGUGGCCUGUUAUGGUGCUCUACAUUGCCUGUUUGUGGUGCUCUACAUGGUGGCCUGUCUGUGGUGCUCUACAUGGCCUUUUGUUCUCUACAUGGUGGCUUGUUCAAUAUGCUUUUGCUCUUCAUGCUCCUCAUGCUGUAUGGAUGCUUCAAUUGCUGUUGAGUAUUUUUUUCUGAAAUUUU